ACAAGUGUCUGUGCGGUGUCCCCGCGGUCCUCCUCGCGCCGGGGCUGCUUCCUCUGGGCAGGAGGGAGCCAGGGAGCCCUCGCCGCGCGGCCCGCGCAUCCCCACGCGGGGCCCGCGGACUCGACUCGGCUGCCAGGCGCAGCGACAGCAGGUCGCGGUGCGAGCGGCGCCAGGGCUCUCGCCGAGCCGCUCCUGACAGAAAAACGUGCGUGGCUGUCCCCACCCCUGGGAGGGGUUGCCGGUGCCGCGCGCGGCCGCCCAGUCGCCAGCGCUCUCUCCUGGGAGGAUCCACCGCCGGAGGAAGGAGUGGACCCAACCUGGCCGCGGCUCAGAAGUGGCUCCCGAGGAAGCCGGCGCCGGGGCCGCCGCCUCGUGUCCCCUUGGGGUUUAACGCUCUGGGGUCGGCGGGCCAGAGCCGAGGCGCUGCCGGGGAGCUAGGGGCUAAGGGGCCGAGCGGGCGGCCGCGCGAGGGGGCGGGCGCUCGGCGACCCGGGGGCCGGCCGGGCUAAGCCCCGCUCCCCUGGACACGGGCUGGAAGCGACGGAGGAGCGCUGCCGAGGGCUGCCGGCCAGCGCCGUCCCCCCCGAGCGGGGCUUCUGCUAUGACAGUUGGGCUCCCCGGAGGGUUAACCUGGGUGUCCUCGGCAAAGUUGUCGCCGAGCCGGGAGCCCGUGUAGGGGCCGCGGCGCCGCGGCUCGGGGGGCGGCCGGGCGGCCGGCGGCGGUCGUGGCUCGGCGGGGCCCGCGCGGCCGGGGGGCUCCUGGGGGUGUGCGCCCCCAGCCGGCUGCCCUCGUGGAUGCCUCCCGGCGGCGGCGGGCCCAUGAAAGACUGCGAGUACAGCCAGAUCAGCACCCACAGCUCCUCCCCCAUGGAGUCGCCCCACAAGAAGAAGAAAAUCGCGGCCCGGAGGAAAUGGGAGGUGUUCCCGGGAAGAAACAAGUUCUUCUGCAACGGGAGGAUCAUGAUGGCCCGGCAGACGGGCGUCUUCUACCUGACGCUCGUCCUCAUACUGGUCACUAGCGGACUCUUCUUCGCCUUCGACUGUCCGUACCUGGCGGUGAAAAUCACCCCUGCCAUCCCUGCAGUCGCUGGCAUCCUGUUCUUCUUUGUGAUGGGGACCCUGCUCCGCACCAGCUUCAGCGACCCUGGAGUCCUGCCACGGGCCACGCCUGAUGAAGCCGCUGACCUGGAAAGGCAAAUAGGUAACACUGAAGAUAUCGCAAACGGCACCAGUUCAGGGGGGUACCGCCCGCCUCCCAGAACCAAAGAAGUCAUCAUCAAUGGCCAGACCGUGAAACUUAAAUACUGUUUCACCUGCAAGAUUUUCCGGCCCCCUCGCGCCUCCCAUUGUAGCCUUUGUGAUAACUGCGUAGAACGGUUUGAUCACCACUGUCCCUGGGUAGGCAACUGUGUGGGGAAAAGAAACUACAGAUUUUUUUAUAUGUUUAUUUUAUCUCUGUCUUUUCUGACAGUCUUUAUAUUUGCAUUCGUUCUCACCCACGUCAUUCUUCGUUCCCAGCAGACAGGAUUCCUAAAUGCCCUUAAGGACAGUCCUGCAAGCGUCCUGGAGGCCGUGGUGUGUUUCUUCUCUGUCUGGUCCAUCGUUGGCCUCUCAGGAUUCCACACCUACUUGAUCAGCUCCAACCAGACGACGAAUGAGGACAUUAAAGGAUCCUGGUCAAAUAAAAGAGGUAAAGAAAACUACAAUCCCUACAGCUACGGAAACAUCUUCACCAAUUGCUGUGUUGCUCUGUGUGGGCCAAUCUCACCAAGCCUGAUUGACAGAAGAGGGUAUAUCCAGCCCGACACGCCGCAGCCAGCAGCACCCUCCAAUGGCAUCACCAUGUAUGGGGCCACGCAGUCACAGAGUGACAUGUGCGACCAAGACCAGUGCAUUCAGAGCACCAAAUUCGUUUUGCAGGCCGCGGCCACGCCCCUGCUGCAGAGUGAACCUAGCCUCACUAGCGACGAGCUGCACCUCCCCGGGAAGCCCGGCCUGGGCACGCCCUGCGCCAGCCUCACUCUGGGCCCGCCCACGCCGCCCGCCUCCAUGCCCAACCUAGCCGAGGCCGCGCUCGCAGACGUGAUGCCCCGAAAAGACGAGCACAUGGGCCACCAGUUCCUGACGCCUGAUGAGGCGCCCUCGCCCCCCAGACUGCUGGCGGCGGGCAGCCCCCUGGCACACAGCCGCACCAUGCACGUGCUGGGCCUGGCCAGCCAGGACUCCCUGCACGAGGACUCCGUGCGCGGCCUGGUGAAGCUCAGCUCCGUGUGACCCACGUGGCCCUGGGCCAGAGGGCACCAGAGGCUCCUCCACGAGCAGCAGGAGUGAGCAGAGGGGUGUGCCCCACGGCGACUUUCCCAGCCACUGCCACAGUGGAGAUGACGGCCCCAGGUCUGGGAUACAGAGACCACUUAGAAUGGCACAGGGCAGCCGGCCCUGGAUGCUGAGAGCCUGGUUUCAUUUGAACUUGCUUCCCCAACCUGAGUGCUUUGACAACAAUGAAAAUAGAGAAAUGGCUGCUUUCUUAUGAUGGGCCUGGGGACGGGGACCCUCCAGGGGUGGAAUUGGAGUGCAUCUGCCGCCCUUGUGAUAGACACAUGGAAGGCUUCUGACGCUUAUGGCCUGACUGCAAUUGCACUUACGUGUUAUGCUACUAAUAUUUGAAACAGACAUGCCAUUCCAUUUGUUAAUUAAAAACAAAAAUCCUAAAGGGAAGAGCCGAGCAGGUGUGGAUCUGCAUGCCAUGCUGCCGUCUGUGUUAAGUGGUGUUGCUGUUUCCAAGGAAGUGCUGCUUCCUCUCUUUUUUUAAUUUUGUGAAUUUUUUAGUGCUGUUUUGUUGGAAGACAGUGCAACGAACUGAGACUCAUGGACAGUGUCAUCACUCAGCUUAUUGGGCUGAGGCGUCUGUGGAGAGGGGGCACCGGGGCUGCAGAGGGCAGCUGGGGUCCACCGUGUCGGGGGUCAUUUCACCUGCCUGGCCGCCCCAUGAGUUCGUGUGUUGAGGUAUUGCGUGAGGCCCCAGCACGGUCUUCACCUCCACGUGUGAUGAAACUUCCCGUGGACAGCCAAUAAAAUCACAUCCUCUGUUA